AUGACAUCCUUUCUAUUAACUACUUUGGAUGUCAUUAAUUCUUGGACAUUAAGUAUGUGGUUAUCAAUAAUCGUCUGUAGUCUUAUAGUUGCCUAUAUACAUGAACAAUUUGUUUAUAUGUCUAAACGUGGUACCCUUCCUGGACCAAAAUUAACUGUUCCAUUCAUUGGUGGUAUUAUUCAUAUGAUUCUAGCACCCUAUGAUUUUUGGCAUGGUCAAAUGGAAUAUGGUAAAUUAAGUUGGAAUACAAUUAUUGGCCGUUUUUUUGUUUUGAUAGCUGAUAGUGAAAAUAGUCGAAAAAUUUUUGAACAAUGCUCAUCUGAAAUGCCAUUAAUAUUACAUCCAAAUGCAACUCGUUUAUUAGGAAAUGAUAAUAUUGCAUUUAUGAAUGGUUCAAUUCAUAAAACACUACGUACAACAUUAUUACCUUUAUUCACAACAAAAGCUCUUUCAAUUUAUUUACAUUUACAAGAAAAAACUAUCCGAGAACAUAUGAUUAAAUGGUGUGAAAUAAGUAAAAAUUCGAAAAAUGGUAUAGAAAUGCGACCAUUAAUUUAUGAUUUAAAUAUAAAUACAAGUUUAUCAGUCUUUGUUGGUUCUUAUAUAACAGAUGAAAUUCGUGAACAAUUCAAAAAAGAUUAUAUAAAUUUAACUCGUGCAAUGUUUUCAUCACCUAUUUAUUUUCCAGGAACACAACUUUAUAAAGGUGUUCGUGCUGCUGAAUCUAUUCGUCGAUCUUUACAAUCUAUUGUUACCAAAAGUAAACAAAGAAUGUCUAUAGAAGGAGAAGAACCUACAUGUUUAAUAGAUUUUUGGAUAGUUUCAACACUUAAAGCGAUAAAUGAAGCUCAAAAAAAUAAUCAACCUAGACCUCUACAUAGUACUGAUGAAGAAAUAGCUAAAAUUGCAUUAGAUUUUAUAUUUGCUGCACAAGAUGCAUCAACUAGUUCAUUAACAUUUGCUAUUCAUGAACUUUGUAAACAUCCUGAUAUAUUUGAGAAAGUUCGUCAGGAACAAAAAAUUCUUCGUUCUGAUCCAUUAGUUCCAAUUACACCUGAAUUAUUAAUACAAAUGAAAUACACAUGGCAAGUAAUGAAAGAACUUUUACGAUUACGUCCACCAGCUACAAUAGUUCUUCAUAUUGCAAAAAAACCAAUAAAAAUUUCAGAAGAUUAUACAGCACCAACUGGAACUAUUGUUAUUCCAAGUAUUUGGAGUUCAAAUCGUGUAGGUUUUUCUGAUCCUGAAAAAUUUGAUCCCGAACGAUUUAAUUCUGAAAGAAUGGAACAAACAAAAUUUGAUAGAAAUUUUUUAACAUUUGGUACUGGACCACAUUCAUGUCUUGGACAACGUUAUGCUAUGAAUCAUAUUAUGUUAUUUAUAUCUCUUUUAAUAGAUAUGGAUUUUGAACGUGCUAAUCGGCCUAAUAAAGAUAAAAUUAUGUAUCUACCAACAAUUUAUCCGGCUGAUGGAUGUGUACUUAAUUAUAUGAAACAUCAUCAAUAA